ACUAAAAACCAACAAAAACCAAACAAAUAAACAUUUUUUAUUACUUGAUAGCUAAAUAAAUUCAAAACAAAACAAAGGCAUUGUAUUUGUAUUGUGCUAAUAAAAUAGUUGAGAGUAAAUCUGUGAAGAACACCACCAAUCAUAGAUAGAAGUUGAGUUUCAGAGAAAAACAAUGGAGGUAGGGUUCUUGGGAAUAGGGAUAAUGGGGAAGGCCAUGGCCACUAAUUUAAUUAAAAGUGGAUUUAAGGUCACUGUUUGGAAUAGAACUCUUUCUAAGUGUGAUGAACUGGUAAAGUUGGGAGCUUCCAUUGGAGAAACUCCAGCAGCUGUGGUUAAGAAAUGUCAGAUUACCAUUGCUAUUUUGUCUGAUCCUUCUGCUGCUCUCUCGGUGGUUUUGGACAAAGAUGGAGUUCUUGAAGAAAUUGGCAGUGGGAAAGGCUAUAUUGAUAUGUCAACAGUUUCUCCUGAAACUUCUAUCAAGAUAAGUGAGGCAAUUACAGCAAAGGGUGGUUCAUUUCUUGAAGCUCCCGUUUCAGGCAGCAAGCAGCCUGCAGAAGCUGGUCAACUAGUAAUCCUUGCUGCUGGAGAUAAGGCACUGUAUGACGCUGCAAUCCCAGCUUUUGACGUCAUGGGGAAAAAGUCUUUCUUCUUAGGGGAGAUUGGGAAUGGAGCAAAAAUGAAACUUGUGGUUAACAUGAUAAUGGGCAGUAUGAUGAAUGCAUUUUCUGAGGGAUUAGUGCUGGCAGAAAAGAGUGGACUCAACCCUUACGACCUCCUCGAUGUUGUGGAUCUCGGUGCAAUUGCCAAUCCAAUGUUUAAGGGGAAAGGCCCCAAUAUGCUCAAGGGCAAUCUCUCUCCGGCAUUCCCAUUAAAACAUCAACAGAAGGACAUGAGGUUGGCUCUUUCCCUCGGGGAUGAAAAUGCCGUAUCAAUGCCAGUUGCAGCUGCAGCAAACGAGGCUUUCAAGAAGGCAAGAAGCAUUGGACUAGGGGACCUCGACUUUUCUGCUGUUUACGAGACUGUGAAGAUGCACAAAGAUUAAGCUCGCUUAGGGCAAUUUGUCUGCGAGUUUCGCUCGACUAAAGAGCAGUGUGUCAAGGUGGUGAACAUACCUAUCAUCGUCAGCUGCCCAUUGUGAUAAAGUAGAAUUAUUCUGCAUAAUUUAUUCUCUAUAAACCUGAAACUCUGUUGAAGAAGUAAUAAACAUUCAGUAGCUCUUAUGAAAGGUGCUAUCAAGCUAUACGUUUAUAUGCA